AUGGAAAACCUCCGUCAGGAAUCGUUCAAGCAGCUCCGAGCACCAUGCGUCGAACUCAGCUCCGUGGGCCUCCGUUUCCGAGGAAAUCAAGCUUCCGCAGCCGAUGUAUCCCGAGCCCUUGGGCCAGUGCACAAUUGUUUGAAGGAACUUGCAGGGAAUAAUGCCCUCGACGAGAAGCUAGCUGAAUAUGCAUUUUUUCCAUUGUCACACAUCUUCAAUGAAACUCAAAGACUGCCCGCCAGAUGCCUGGAGUCUGCCGUCCACUGUUUGCGGAUACUGGUCGCCGAUGGAUGGCGGCAACGGCUGUCUCCUGCAAUGGGCAAGCAACUCAUAAUCCUAUUGACAUUGAUUGUGGGAGGAUCUCCAAAUAAGGCGGAAGAGAAGCAACUACCGAAGCCUCAGGUUUCAGAGGAACUGUCCAUUGCUGGAUUUGACUGCGUUGGUGCUAUAUUCACGGUCUUGGAAGGAGCUGUUCCUGAACGGACAAUUUAUCAUGAAAUCGGUACAGCGACGGUAGUGGAUCAAACAGUAUACAUUUUGCUUGAGGGAAUUGUUGAUGAUAGAUCAGAUGAGCUCUGCUUAGCAGCUGCUAGGGCGUUGCAAACACUUUGUGCUCGAGUCACGGACCGCGUGGUGCUUGCCAGCAUCAUGCCGCGAACUGUGUCGGCAUUGGCCAAGGUUCUAAGGCCGUCGACACAAACUCGCAGGUCUUACAAGCUCAUCCAAACUUCCUUGCAGAUUCUCACACAGCUUCUAAGAGCUGUCCUCAGUGACCAUGUGGCCUCGGAAGUCUCCCCACCCGAGCUGGGAAGCGACAAGAUAGCUCUUGAUGAAGCCUGGCUGAAAGCCACUACAACGCAGAUCAAGCUUGCGCUGGCCAAUGUCAUCCAGGUUCGCCGUCAUCAGCGACCAGAGGUUCAGUCUGCCGUCCUAGACCUCUCCCUGAUGGUAAUUGAAGAGUGCCAGACCACACUCUCCGAGUCUCUCCCAAUAAUGGUUGAAACAGUUGUUGUUCUGGCAGAUAAAGAGGACGAGGGGGUGAAUGAAGCCUACCGGAACGUGACUCAUCUUGCCACAACAUACCCUACAGUGUUGGAUUCUUUAAAAGAAUCGCUGCAUACCUGGCUUACUUCUUUCCCUCGAAUUAUGCAAGGCACCGAUGAAACUGCCAAGCAGUGGGGGCUACGCCAGAUUUCUACCGUCUUUCAGGUUCUGUCCCAAGUUCAAUCUGGAUCAGAUUUGCUUACCGGCGCUUUGGCAUCCGGCCUGUGUGAUAGCGUCGGUGCUGUUGUCAAGCAAAACACCCAUGCUCUCCAGCCGUUGGCCUCAAUGGAUGCUGGCUUCAACUGGGAGGUUCUCAGCACUGAUGCUAUGUCUAAGGUGUUUCCACCCAUUCUUUUGGAACACAAAAGCCAGCAACAAACCCUUAAAGAUCUACGAUCAAUGAUUGCUAGGUUGAACUUGUCUGAGUCUGGAAACGAGAUUACCCGAUCCAUUGUCAACCGCAUGCACACAACAUCAAGUGAUUCCGUUAUUGCACCUUUCUGGUUGGCCAUGACUUUCUUGCGGGACAGUGCUACAGUAAUCGCCGACUUUGAUGAAUUCGUCUCUCUUGAUUCUUUUGAGGGGUCUGUCUCGUCAACUGGCCGUGGUGGAAUGAUUGAAGAGUUGUAUUAUAUCUCAUUAAAUAUGCUGAACGAGCUGUCAGUUGAGGGACCAGAUGACUGGCGUACAUCAGCACUUGCUCUGGAAUCAGUGGCUCUCCAAGCUCAACAACUCGGCGAGGCUUUCCGACCUGAACUGAUGGACGCGCUCUACCCAACUUUACAGCUGUUGGCAUCACAUAACCCUAAUCUUCAACGCCACGCCAUGACAUGUUUGAAUAUCUUGACCAAUGCUUGCAACUACCCAGACACGAGUGCCAUGAUCAUUGAAAACGUGGACUACUUGGUGAACUCGGUGGCCUUGAAACUGAAUACAUUCGACGUGUCCCCCUAUCCGCCGCAGGUACUGUUUAUGAUGGUCAAGCUUUGUGGUGCUCAGUUGAUACCUUAUUUGGAUGAUCUGGUUGAUUCUAUAUUUGGUAUCCUAGAUCUAUAUCACGGCUAUCCCAAACUAGUUGAGAUGAUGUUCAAGACCCUAGCGGCAAUCGUCGAGGAAGGAGCGAAGAAACCGUCUUUGCUCAUAAUCGACGAUGGCAAAGAAAAUGGCUCUCACAAUGACCGCAAGUCUCAAUACCAAAAUCUCUCAAUCUCAAGCAUCGCUGCGAAUAUUGCCGACCGCAAAGCUAAACGGCAUGCUGAGGAUGAACUAGCAGAUGCUGACGGCAAAAUUCCCCAUCCCAAAAAGCCAUGGUCAGAAACAUUCAAUAAACCUCCUCCAGAGCCGUCCAUCGAUGAGCUUCUGAAUCAAGCCGAAUCGGACGAACCUCCACUUCCACCCCCUAAAGAACCAGAAGAUGCCGAGAAGCCGCUCAGCAAAACCCAUACCCUCCUCCUUCACAUCGUCAAAUCCAUCCCGUCCCACCUUACCUCGCCAUCUCCCUACCUUCGACGCUCCCUUCUCUCAAUCCUCAUCGAUAUCCUGCCCGCCCUGUCCCAAAACGAAACCAGCUUCCUCCCUCUAAUAAACGAGAUCUGGCCAACAGUAGCAAGCCGAAUAAUCUUCCCCUCAUCACAAGCAAACGAAACAUCCAAAUCCCUCAUCGCAACCCCAUCCAAAGAAUCAACCCACAACCCCGAAACCCCAGAUCAUCAAGAAGAAACAUUUGUCACGGUAACAGCCUGCGAAGCCGUGGAAGCAAUGUGCAAAGGCGCAGGUGAUUUCAUGGCCACACGCGUCGAGACCGAGUUCUCCCGCUGGGACCGGCUAUACCAUCGCGUGUGGGAGAAAGUGCGCGCUGAUGCCGAGGCCGCGAACGAGCGCCGUGCAAGGUCCCAGGCUACGACUGUGACUUUCACUGCCGCUCAAUCAGGAGAUAUGGCAUCCACUCUACACUUAGCCAUCUCUUCGUCCCUUUCACUCUCGCCGUCAACGCCCGGGUCGAGAUUCUUCACCCCGCACCAUCGUCUGUGGCGUGCGUUGAUCUCCCUCUUUAUCACGGUUCUCUCGCAUGUCCAGUUACCAUUAGAAGUGGGUGAUAGGAUUUGCGAGAUCCUUGGUGACUGGAUUGCGCUGUUUGUUGGGGCUGAGUAUUAUUUCACUACUUCGAGGACGUCAAUGUCUGUGAAAAGUGUAUCUGGUGAAGGUAUGAUUUCGGUUGAGGCUGCGAUUCGGGCGAUGGAGGCUUGGAAUGUUGAUUUGACAUGGUUUGUCUUUGUACGGCAUCGCUUGAGAGCAAAUGUGGUUACAACAGGCAAUGCUGGAAACUGUGGUGGCGCUACAAAUAUCCCUUUCGAUGGCGAGGGGGAGCAUAUUGGACUGGUUGAGGUGGUGUUCUAG